AUGGCGGAAAACGGGAGCAGAGAGCAGGCGACGUCGCUCGAUGAACUCAGGGCCAAGCGGGUCCGUCAGAAGAAAGCGUCGGGGUCCAGGCGGCUGUGUCCCGGUAAAGUUGGCCCGACCAGCCGCUCUGUUUUAGUGGGCAAGGCGGGAGGGGUCCUGAUGACAGGGCACCGUACAGGGGAGCCGCAGGCAAAAGAAGCAAGUCAGCCGACCGGCCUACGUCAGCAGGAAAGGGCACUGCACGCCACACGUCACCUGUGCCGAGGUUACCCGGGCAACCAGGUGGGUUUCCUUGGCAACCAGCUGAAGAAAUCAUUAAUAUCAUUGUUGGAUGGUUCGACGCUAAGGUCGCGCGAUGAACGGUUCGAAGCAGUCCGAGCACGGCAGGAACAGAUGCGCCAGAAGCUCGCUCUCGAUGCAGCAGCACUGAGAGAAAAAGAGGAGCGCGCCCGCAUGCUUCGGGACCAGCAGCUGGAGGAACGCCGACGGAAAAUGGCCGACAGCCGCCUGAAGUACGAACAGCGCCACCAGCACGUGGAGGAGCGCCGCGCCGAGCGCCUGCAAGAGGAAAUGGAGCGACGCGAAGCCGCGCUGAAGAAGACAGACGAAGGUUACCAGAGAGCGCAGGCACAGCAGCAGCAACAGCAGCAGCAGCAGCAACAAAACCAGCAACAGCAGAAGCGAUGGUCCUGGGGAUCAAAUGUCACCUCCCCUCAACUGUCUGCCCUUUUUGGAGCCUCUCCUCCAGCUAAUGGAAAAGAACAGCUGUUUCCGGCCAAGAGGUCAACGUCCUCCAUGAACCUCUCGGCGCGAGCGGAAGCCAUAACCAAACGUCUCUCGACGUCCACGACCAGCCUGUCCCAGCGCAGCGCACCCUCCUCUCUAACGUCACCUGCUUCUCGUCCCAGAUCCAGCCAAUCAGACCACAGCAUUUCCAGCUUGUCGCCUCGGCGGGACUUCCGCAGACCCACGUCGACCGGCGCGGGCCGGGCGCGGACCCCGAUGCGGUCUCGCAGCUCGGACCGGCUGCGCAUGAGCAGCGCGCCGCCCGCUGCAGGGAAGGAGCGAGCAGAGGGAGACACUGACGGGGACAAGGAGAACCAAGCUAAGGCCAAACCGCCGGAGAAGUCCACACCCAAGAGAACGCCCUCCCCCGGGGUGAAGCGGACCCCCUCCCCCGCUGCAGCCAAGCCCCCUCCCUCCCCGAGAAACGCAUCGACAGCCGCGGCCAAACCUCCGCCCGCCCCGCGCCAGUCCAGCCCGGCUACCACACCAGGAUCCGCCGGGAAAAGACCGCCGUCUCCUGCAUCCGGUAAAAGACCGCCGUCCCCAGCUUCAGCCGCCGGGAACAAACGCGCACCGUCGCCGGCUAGCACGCGGGCGAGACCGCCUUCACCCGGCGCCGCCGCCAAGCCGAAACCGACUCCCAAGGAGAAAACACCGUCACCGACAAAGGAAAUCAAGAAACCACUCGUACCGGUGAAGUCCCCACCUCCCACCAUCGAAGUCACGGCACAGCCUGACAAGGAACCGGCCAAACCGCAGGUGAAACCAGCUGCAGAGACGAAACCGGAAGAACCUCCAGCAGCCAAACCAGAAGAAAAACCGGCUGAAGUGGUGGAAAAGCCAGCUGAACCGGAAGAGAAGCCGGCAGCUCCAGUUGAACCAGAAGUAAAAGCACCUGUUCCAGCUGAAACUCCUAAACCAGCCGAAACACCCAAACCAGCCGAAACACCUAAAGCUGAGCCGGCUAAACCAGCCGAGCCAGCUAAAGCACCUGAACCAGCCAAGCCAGCUGAGAAACCAGCUGCACCAGCAGAAAAACCAGCUGAAAAACCUGCUGCACCAGCGGAAGAGAAAGCCAAGGCAGCCCUGACAGAUGAAGAGGCAGCGAAGGCUGCCCUGGCAGAGCGGCGGCGUAUGGUCCGUGAGCAGCGGGAGCGCGAAGCUGAGGCCGAGAGACUGCGACAGGAGGAGGAGAAACGCCUGGCAGAGGAAGAGGAAAAGAGAAGACUUGAGGAGGAGGCAAGACAAGAGGAAGAGCAGCGGCGCCUGGCAGAGGAGUACAGAAAGGCAGAGGAAGAGCGUCUGAAAAAGGCUAUCGAGGAAGCCGAGAAACAAAAACGAGAGGAAGAAGAGAAACAGAAAGAGCUCGAGAGACAGAGAGAAGAGGAAGAGCGAAAGGCCCGUGAGGAGGCGGAGAAGCGCCAGCGGGAGUUGGAGGAGCGACUGGCGAAGGAGGAGCAGGAACGGCAGGAGAGGAAGAAGAGAUUAGAGAUGAUUAUGUCAAGAACAAGAAAGAGUGGAACCCCAGGCAAGGAUAAGGGAGAGAAGACAGAGUCUGGCGGCGACGCCGGUUCAGAAAGUCCCACCAAGGAGCCUUCUCAGGUUACAGAAGACGUUGCCAAGGAGACAGUAGACAGAGGAAGAGCCGAGGGUGAAAGUGAAAAGGAGGAGAGUGAGAGUGAGGGACCCCCUGCGAUGCCCCAGGAAGAUGCGGGACAAGGGAAGAGCUUGUUUGACGAACUGGCAGAAAUCGGGGGUCCUGCGAGUCAGGUAUCGGGUGCUGCUGCUGAAGACAGUGCGGAGAAGCCUGACAUCACCGACCAGGUCCUAGUCCAGCUGGGUCUGACCCCAGAAGCGCCGGCGGCCACCGAGGAGCCUGCACCAGGCCAGGGAGCCGGGGACUUCGAGGAGCUUAUUUCCCUAGAUAGCAGUAAUGUACAGCACGUUCAGGCCCCUCACCAGAACGGGUCCACGGUCCACGACCUUAUAGACAUUGGGGACGGGCACAAGACUAGCCAAUUAGACGGAGGGGAUAUCAUAGAACCCGACAACCAGCCUAUAAUAGCAUUCGUCAACGGAGACAUUAAGAAACCUGUACAGGAGAACGUUAAUGCAGAGGAUUUUGUUGACCAAGUUGAGGGCGAACUGUGGAGGCAGGCGGAAUCGAUUAUGGAUGCGCGGAAGGUCGGCGUACGUGAAGCAACGAACGACGACGGGGUGGAAAGCGAAAGCGAAGAAGGGGAAGAAGGACAGAUUUGGCAGAUGCUUGAGAACCAAACGAGCACAGAGUCCUCCGUUUGAGGCAGACAGUUUCAACCAGGCAUGUCCAAGGCUAGUAGCCAUAUUUUUGCUCGGUUUGUUGACAAAAUCAGAAAAGGCACAGGACGAGGUUUUCAACAUCAAGCCACAGUCCUGUACUUUUUCUGGAACCCAAGCUGGAUUUUACCUAAUUACAGCUUUAAACUUCUUGAAGUACAUCUUGGAUCUUGAAGAAUGUGUUCCUUUUUUCUUUAAUAGAAUCCACAUACAUGUGUAGAUAUGUUCAAACUAAACCAAGCAAAGAUAUGGCUGUAGCUGAUGAGAUAUGUGUGGAAAGGAAGCCACAGUUUGCAAUGUUUGUGUUGUAACAUGUAAUUACAAUGUAUGUAUGUCUUGUGUAUACACAUGUACCAUUAGCCAUUUUAUAUAUGAUUUUCUGCGAUAUUUGCUGCUUGUAAGACAAAUAAAUCUGUAGGACUUUGUAGCUGUUCAAACAUCGAUUUUGAGGCAAAAGAAGGGUAAUUAUGUUAAAUUUCUUUUUUAUUGUCUCAUGUUGACUGUCUUUCCCUCUAAGUAGCAUUUUCUGGCCAUGCUCUCUUUUUAUAUUAUUGAUUCAGGUAGGAUUAUUCCAUUGUAAAACACCCAGAAGCUUUGCUGCCAUCUUUUUAUUGUUACACUUGAUUUUAUUCCAAGUGUCAGAAAUUUUUAUCAUUACUUGUCGUUAACCCCGUAACCCACAGUGCUUUUUUGUUGCAAAUUGGAGGAUGAUUUUAGCAUAACACAGCACAAGACAAUACUGGUCUAGUAGUACAUGUUUGUCAUCAUUCCUCAGAUUCACGUGUCAAAUGACCCGAACCAAGAAAAGGUGGAUUUAAUCUUCUUAGGCGUAUUUAAAUGAAAUGCUGUACAAAUUAGUUUUAAGUCUGUUUCUUCUGUAUCUGUUUUAAAUUAUCGAGAAUCAUGUUUAACCAUGCAGAAUGUUGCAAAUUGUCUCUUACUGAGUUGUUCAUGUGUUUUAAUUCCUUGCAGUGUUUUUAAUCGAUCACAAUGUAAGAAAAAAAUGUACUCUGUUGGAACUAUGAAGGCCAAAAUUGUCUUGUGCGUUUUAUGUUCUGUGAUACAAAACGUAGGUUCACACUUUCCCAGAAUGGUUGGCUCAACACUGUAUAAUUUCAUGAAAUAGUUCAUUUGGUCAGAAUGCUACCUUCCUCUGCUUCUCCUCAAUGUAAAGAUGACAUUUAUUCUGUAAUUCUGUUAUUUAAUGUCACAAGACUUGAAAUUCAAACUGAAAAGGUUGCAAUAUUAGAAUCCAUAAGAAUUGUAUUGCCAAGUCUCAUGUAAUUUAAAAGUAGUAGAAUUUUUUUGUAACUUUCACCUCUUCAUCAGGAAUGUAUACGUCACAUUAAGUUAAAAUUACUCAUUAGAUGAUGAAGAAAUUCAAAUCAGGAUUGUGGAAAGCGUACUAAUAUAGACGACUGCUGCAGUGGUUAGUGAAUUCCUCCCAGAAAAAUUGUAGGCUGCUCUAAAGCUUGUAUCUGUAAAUGAAAUAUAAAGCUUAAUAAUAUAUCCUUGGGCAUAGGCACAGCAGGCUCAUUUCACAUACGGUGGGGUGGGGGAUGCCAAGCUAACAGUUCUCUUGAUAAAAUAUAUAUAUAUAUAGUGAAGCCCGUAUCGUGGCUAUAUGCUGUCCUGUAGACAACAUACUAAGCUUUUGAACAGUUGGCCUAUACAUGUAGUAUGUACAGCACACAGUAGAUACCUGUAUACUGGGUUAGGUGGACGGGCGGGGGCUAUUCCAAGCUGGCACUAUGUAAUGACAGAGCCUGGCUUUGGGGAAAACGUUUUGUACAUUGGGGGUAAAGCUACGCACUAAAGCAGCAGCCACUGUUGUGUCGGUAUAAACCCAGUAACUGUAGCCAAGGAAGAAGAAGAGAAGAAAA